AUGGCGGCUCCCAAACUAGUAGACGGGCACACCGACACUGCUGACCAUGGCUCUGAACUUGCCUCUUCUCAGGCAAAGCAGUGGAUCAAGGAGACUGUCGAUGCUGAAUGUGCCCGUAUCAAGGAAGCUGGAUCACGAGCUAUCCCUCUGCCUCUCAAGAACUGUGGUGUCGUGCUUGAAGAGCUAGAUGGCAAGGACACCAACAAGUCUGGUCGCACAAAGAAGCGCAAGCUCAAAGUCAUCAACAGGCUCGAGAUUGCCAGCGGCAUGGACUUCAAUCGCGUCUCGCAAAUCAUGCUGUCCGAACCAUUGCCCUAUCCUUUCAAGGAAGGGUAUGAGUACGUGCAUGUCUUGGCCUUUACUCAGUCAAGCAAUGAAAUGGCACUGCUCAUCCCAUACCUGUACGCGCCGUACUUGACUUCCACGGGUGAGGAAGCCGUGCCGGCAAAGAAGUCAGACAAGGACUCCUUUGUCAAUACGCUACAAGACUGGCUCUUUCUCAAUGAGAAACACGAACGCAGCUUGCACCACAUUGAUGCAUUUCACUCCAUUUCGUGA